AGAGCUUCUAGGGUUUCCUACAGUAACAUGUAUCCCUGUGAAAGUAUUCAUGAAAUAAAUGCAGAUUUGAAAACAGAUUAAAUCGCUAAAUUCGCUAUCGUGCUGUAAAUAAACUCCUUACAAGGAGAUCAUCAUUCUGACUCACACCAGAUUGCAUAAUAUAGUAUUUUUCCAGCAGAACCCAGGAACAGGAAAUGAUCAGUCCAUAUCAGCACCAGCGUAGCCUCAGUUCAAGACAUUAGUUAUCCUACUGCAGAGCAGCUGGCCGGUCUGGAACCCGAAACCCAGAGCUUUGUUGUGUUGUAGGUGGUGUCAGGUCAGGAUGCUGUACAACAUGACCAACAGCAGCACUUGCGUGGAAGCUCAGAGCCUUGUUGCUUCUGCCUUAACCCCCAUGUUGAUCUUGGACUUCAUUUUGGGCUUGCCUGGAAACAUCCUAGCGUUAUGGCUCCUUAGCUUUAAGGCUCCCUGGAAGUCGGCGAAUAUUUAUCUCCUCAACCUGGCGCUGGCUGAUGUCCUGCUGCUCAUUGCACUUCCCUUUCACAUCGACAGUGUGCUCCGGGGGGGCUGGAUUUUUGGGGAUCCCUUUUGCCGAAUCAAGUUCUUCAUGCUGUCAGUCAACCAGUCAGCAAGCAUCGCAUUCAUAACUGUUAUGGUAGUGGAUCGCUUCUACAGGAUCAUUCACCCGCACCAUCCUGUUUGCCACGUGAGCAUUCGGAGCACAGUAAUGGUGGUCUGUGGAAUCUGGGUAGCUGUUUUGACCCUUCACCUUCCUCUGCUCGUGACUCGACUAGUAAGAUCUUCUGGAACAUCAUCAGCGUUACUUUGCCAAAAUAUUGACAUCUGGACAGACACUGGAGCAGCCAUGAGGGUUCACAACUCACUUUAUAUGAUAGAGUUUGUUAUAGCUUACCUGUUAGUAUUCUAUUUUUCUGUGCGCAUCUUUUACCAUAUAAACCAUGGCAACAGGAAGCUCAGAGAGCAUCGAAGAGUGAAACGGACCAUCUACUUCCUUUUGGUUGUUCUGAUUCUGUUCACCUUUUGCUUCCUGCCCAGUUAUAUCACAGGAUUUGUGGUUUUCUUCCUUGGAGAUGUCUCCUCAUGCUCCCCAUACGUAGUUGUCGGUCAGGUGUUUAGCGUUUCUUUAUGCAUUGUGUUUUUAAACAGUGCCCUAGACGUAAUUCUGUAUACUUUAUCAUGCGCAAAUUUCCGAGACACUCUCAAACAAACAUCUAACUCUACAGGGCUCACCAAAUAUCGACUAAGUAUCAAGGAACCCAGAGCUCCUCGACGAUUUUGAGAAAUAGACUGAAACAAAGGACCAUUCCUACCCACAGCCAUAUCACUUUACCACCAGGAAAGUACCAUUCUCUUUAAGCCCAUUUACUACUGAUGCCAAGGAGACACAUGCAACAAGCUUGUAAAUGCUCUGAAACUUUUCCAGUAUAUACUGCUUAUGACUGAUCUGAGCUUGACUACAAAACCAGGCAUGAAAGCUGUACUUGUAAAAAGGUACUAUGCCUACAGAUAGUGACUAAAAUCACUGUUCUCGCUUAGAAUUUGUUAGCUUUUGAAGAGAGCAAUGCUGCUUUAGCAAGACACAGCACUAGCUUGGGCUUGGAUUUAACACACUCCAGCUUCGGUCUACUUUUCCUUUUAACUUUUUGCCCCUGACCUUUUAAUGCAACCACUGAGAAACACGAAGUGAUUCCAUUUGCAACCAAUGCAUAAAAGGUGCAGGUUUACCACAUCCAUUAUGGCAUAUGCUUUACUUUGUAAUUUAUUGUUGUUUUAUUCCAUUAUUUAUUUAUCUGUUUUGCUAUUGUGUUAAAUACACACUCUUAAUGUGACACAUCACAAGAAGAAAUUAUUCAUGUGCCUUGUAACCUUUUUUUGGUCUUGACUUUAUAUUUCUUGAAUAUAUAUAUAUAUAUAUAUAUAUAUAUAUAUAUAUAUAUAUGUGUGUGUGUGUGUGUGUGUGUGUGUGCAUAAGCAUUGUUUUCUGCUGUUGCUUCUAUAACACCACUUCAGGGGAAACCGACAUGUUUUCAGUUUGCCAGCGGACAGUGUUUAUAUGUUCCUUUUUCAGUCUUCAUUACCAUAACUGUGAAUGGAUUCAAGAAUAAUUAGUGCUUAUAUAC